ACAGCCAUUAAAUGCACGCUCCAGGUACUCAAGCAAGGUAUUGUGCGCGCAUAGAAGCCACGCAACCCACGCUUGUGGGUGAGUCAGCACGGAAAGCGGGCGGUUGUACCCUCGCUGCGCGGCAACGUCACGCUUGCACGUGUUUCGUCGCUCAGGGUGAGGAAGCGAUGAUGCGACGGGUCAAGCCAAGCACCCAAGAUCAGGGCAGUGAGGUUCAAGCACCUUGGUUUUGCAGAAUGACACCGGCCGCCUUCUUGAGACUAUUUGAAGGAAUAUACAAGCAUGCGAAUUGUUCACAGCUCACGUGCAGCACCGGCCCUGCUGCGUAGGUGACGUCUCCGCGGUGACUGUUGAGAUACGGCAUCGACCAACGUGCAUACCCAAUCGUCACCUACACCUUCCGCGAGCGCUUAACGUAACCCCUUCACAACGUCGAGAUGCCGCUCAUAGAGUCCUUACGCCUCCGUACCCUCGCCGAAGCCGCGCUCAACCUCCACCCUUCGCUCGAGCGGCGCACUAACGAGCAACUACCAACGAUCAUGGCCGCUGCAGCCAACAGCACAUUAUCCUUACUAGGCAAUGCACCACCCCACAGUAACCACCCCAACUUCCUACAUCUAGCCGGACUGGUAUGCGAAGCGGUGCUCGAAGUGGUGUUCGUGGCUCUGCCAGGCUUCCUCGUCGCACGCACGGGCAUGUUCGACGCCAACAGCCAGAAGUUCGUUGCAGAGCUGAAUACAAUGGUCUUCACGCCUUGCCUGAUCUUCACGAAACUUGCAAGCCAAUUGAACGCCGACAAGCUUGCCGAUUUGGUGGUGAUACCCGUCAUCUUCGCCGCGCAGACGUUGGUGAGCUGGUGUUGUGCACAGCUCAUGGCGAGGGUGUUCGGCUUCAGUCGUAACAAGCGACAGAAGAACUUCAUUCUGGCAAUGGGUGUAUUUGGAAACAGCAACAGUCUGCCCAUCUCGCUUGUGCUGAGUCUGAGUAAGACAAUCAGUGGAUUGCACUGGGAUAAGGUGCCUGGCGACAAUGACAAUGAAGUCGCGGCAAGAGGUAUCCUGUAUCUGCUCAUCUUCCAGCAGCUCGGCCAGUUGCUUCGAUGGACGUGGGGUUACAGCGUGCUGCUGAAGCCGGCAAAGGCGUACGAAGAAGAGGAAAGACAGCAUGCUACGGACGAGGAUCGAGUCAGGGAAGAAGGGAGAUAUAGGGAUGACCCGGACGAAGAGGAUGAAGACCCUGACCUCCCACUGAACGGCUACGCUAACGGUAAAGCGCACAAGACACCAGAUUCCGGCUUCUCUUCCGGCGCAGAUAGUGUCUCGAAUGAAGAGGACGAUGAAGGAAGGCCCGAGCUUGUAGGAGCCACGCCCGCUAAUGGCAACAUUGUCGGCAACGAGCCUAGGAACAUCGUUUCGGAGUCGAACUCGCCAACCCAGCAACGACCGACUACCACCGGUCCGUUGGGCGACCGUGCGCGUUCGACGGGCCACAUCACGCAGUUCCCAACCUACUCCACGCGCUCCGCUAACAGCGUACCGGAAGACAUGCCAGCCUGGAAAGCGCGACUGAACCAUUACCACCACCAAGGCCUGCGCCAAUACCACAAAGCGGCCUCAGCACUCUCCACCUUCCUAAACAACCAGUUCCAUCGUCUGCCCGCGCCCGUGCAAAAGACGUUGACCAAAGCGAACUACUACAACUCGGCCUUCUGGCGCGGCGUAUGGCGCCAAAUGAACCCUCCCCUCUGGGCUAUGCUUGUCGCGCUCCUCGUCGCUUCCAUUCCACGUCUCCAACACCUCUUCUUCGACCCAGGAACGCUCAUCAACAAUUCCGUCACCCGCGCUGUCAGCCAAUCCGGCGGCGUCGCCGUCCCGCUGAUCCUGGUCGUGCUGGGCGCGAAUCUGGCUCGUAGCACCUUACCUCAAGACCAACUCGCCACGACGCCGGAGGAGAAGGCGGAAGAACGCAGACUCCUCUACGCUUCCAUUAUUUCACGCAUGAUCCUCCCAACGCUCAUCAUGGCGCCUGUGCUUGCGCUGAUGGCCAAGUACGUGCCUGUCAGCAUCCUUGACGAUCCGAUUUUCAUCAUCGUGUGUUUCUUGUUGACGGGCGCACCGUCGGCGUUGCAGUUGGCGCAGAUAUGUCAAGUCAAUGGGGUGUUCAUGGGGGCAAUGAGUAGUCUAUUGACGGCGAGUUACGUCGUGGCUAUAUUCCCGAGUACGCUGGUACUAGUUAUGUUAGCGUUGGAGGUGUUGGAGUGGUCGAAGUAGGGUUAGUAAGGAUGCAGAGCUGCGCGGACUCCAGUUGUACAGUAUUCGCUACGAGGACAUGAUGGGCUUGUGGUAUUCUUCUUGGGGCAUAGUGGCUUUAGCAGGCGUGGAGUUUGGGCGUGUGAAAGGCUGCGCGACACUGUGUCGCAUCGGUACAAUUACAUGAACAUCGUUAGGUACACUACGAAGUUGGGCUAGUCAAGAUGUCUGCAUCACAAGUAAUGGCGAU